GUCUGAAACACUCCACGCGCAAUGGCCUCGACGCAAGCACUCAGUGCGGCGGCACAAGACCGCAAAGCUCGUCUCGCCCAACUCAAGUCGCUCAAGCGCAAGGCGCCCGACGCAACAGCAGAUUUGCAACAAGACGAUGAAAAUGCACCAUCUGCGGCAGCAGAGCCACCAGCACAGAACGAAGAUGAUGUGACGAUGCGCUAUGUUUCCGGACGCAACUACGAUCAUGCUACAAAGGGCGCCAAACUCGGUUUCGAAAGUGCUCCUGACCAAGGGCAAACGACACUCGAACUCAAAGCCGCAGAACUAGCAGCCGAGACGAAGCGACAGGCUGAAGAAGCGGAGAAGAACGAUGCGCCCUUGGACUUGUUCAAACUGCAGCCGAAGAAGCCGAAUUGGGAUCUGAAACGGGAUCUGGAUCAGAAAUUGUCCACGCUGAACGUCCGAACAGAUAACGCCAUAGCCAGGUUGGUGAGGGAGAGGAUACAGAAGCAGCAAGAGGCGGCGAGAGGAAGAGCGAACGGAGCCGAGUCUCGAGGAGAUGCAGAGGCUCAGGGAAUUGAAGGCGCUACGCUCGUGGAGGCAACGAACGUGAGGGAGCGCGAGGACGAGGAGGAGGCGAGAAGAGAGCGCGAAGAAGAUGAAGCACUGUUGGACGGCUCGUGAGCAGAUGCAGCCUCUUCCGAGAAAUCGGUGACUUCGGCUGGAGCGCGGCCAUAUUGUCACAACAAGCAUCGCAGCACUAAUAUUCGUCUUGUUCGAAGAGAAGACAAUGCCCUGUCGUGAGAGGAGCGAAAGGCUCGGCCAAGCGAAUGCGGGCGCAGUCCAAACGAGCACACAUCUCAGGCAGGAUCGACAGCCUAGCAUGCGCAUCUAGGGACCCUAGCUGCCACACGAGGGCGGCUGGUAGCACCUUGGCGACCGUGCACAGGAACGUGGGAUGAACCCUAAGGGCAUCACCAGACAUCAGUGGUGGAAAUGACCUGCGUGUCUCUCCGCGGACAAAGUCUUGUUAUUGGACGACGCUGAGCCAAUAGCUCUAGCCAUUGUGCUGCUCAUCAACCUGCAGCGAAACUCCCGAUGGAAAAAUCGCUUUCUUGGCAGUGCUGUCUUUUACGGAACCGUUCCGAGCAUGCUGCAAAUUUGCUCAACCCCCUUGCAAGGCACUGUGCGUCGAGAUGCACGUAAAAGUUGACUUGGAAGCGGAAUGUUGACUACGCACUGAGAUCGGGCUCUGGGUAGACGGCGCAUAUCAUCGAAGCAAAACUGACAGGCAGUUGAGAGCGACCAACGUUCGCAAAAGCCGCGGUGAGGACGAUACGGAGCGAGACACAGGGCAAUCUUCAACAGCACUAGAUAGCCCGACCAAGUUCAUGACACACCUCGCGCGAGAACUUAGACCUGCGCACAGCGCGCCAUGAAGCAGCGGAUCAAGGGAAACUUGCCUCACUCGGUCCUAGCACCUGGGAGAACAAGCGCAACUUCUGCGCAUCCAUUGCGAUCAAAGUGCUGUCUUUGUGGUUGCUUAAUACCUUUUGGGGCGCUCUGCUUUUUGGGAUGCGAUUCUAGCACGAGCAAAGGCGGAAGGUGGUUAUCAGUGCAGCCACGCAACAACAGAGCACCAAGCAUCCAUGUGUAGACAGGGCUAAGGACCAUGAUCUCGCGUUCGGGAUCCGAAGCCUCAUCAUCCUCUACAUGCUGCCUGGACAGUAUCGUCACGUUGCAAAGUACUGCCGAAAACUACCAGCCUUCUGAAAUGCCACGCCCAUCAACCAUCCACCGCCCAAUUUCCGGCUGCUUCCAGUUUUCCCGUCUUUCGAUAGAAGCACCACGUGUCUUGGCAGCCGCUAGGUCCGACUCCGGAUUGUCUAGAAUUGAGUCGAAGGUCUAGAAACCAGCAAAGUCAAGUCCAGCCACAAUCAGCACUACGAAAAGCAUGCAUUCUUCUUGUCUUCAUUCUUAACAAUUGCCGAC